UUGAGAAAUCAGAAGUUGAUUUACUUGAAAUGACAGCUGUGAUGACAAAGGAGAGGCUUCCAAGAGGACAGCUAUAUAUGUAGGAUCCAGCCAUUCACGGCAGAGAGACUAUUAGGCUCCCUGCCCACCUCUGCUUCCUGCAAGCACUCAGCAGUUCCAGAUCACACCAAGAUCACCAUGAGUUCACUCAGCAAAGCCUACAUCCAGCCCACGCUUGAUCUGUUCCAACUGUUAGGAAAAUCAAAGGAGGAAAAUGUCUUCUACUCCCCUUUCAGCAUCAUAUCAGCAUUAAGUAUGCUCUUUUUAGGGACCAGAGAAAACACUGCCCAACAAAUUGCAAAGGUCCUUCAUCUUCAAGAAGACACAGAGAACACAAAAGACACAGCGUCAACCCACCACGUUGAGAGGUCAGAAAAUGUGCAUCUCCAAUUUCAAAAGCUUCUAAAUGAAUUAAACAAACCUACUGAUGCCUAUGAGCUGAAGAUUGCCAACAAGUUCUAUGGAGAAAAGACUUUUCCAUUUCUUCAGGAAUAUUUGGAUGAUAUCAACAAAUAUUACCUCGCCAAUGCAGAAUCUGUUGAUUUUGCAAAUGCUGCAGAAGAAAGUCAAAAGAAGAUUAACUCCUGGGUGGAGAGCCAAACAAAUGGAAAAAUCAAGAACUUAUUUCCUAGUGGGACUCUCAACAGCACCACCAUACUGGUUCUGGUGAAUGCCAUCUAUUUCAAAGGGGAGUGGGAUGAGAAGUUUAAUAAAGAAAAGACCAAAGAGGAUAAAUUUUGGCUAAACAAGAAUACAAGCAAACCUGUGCAGAUGAUGAAACAAAGGAAUCAUUUUAAUUUUGCUUUGCUGGAGGAUGUGCAGGCCAAGAUUCUGGAAAUACCAUACAAAGGCAAAGAUCUAAGCAUGAUUGUGCUGCUGCCAAAUGAAAUAGAUGGGCUGCAGAAGCUUGAAGAACAACUCACUGCUGAGAAAUUAAUAAAGUGGAUGAGCUCACAGAAUAUGAAAAAAACAUAUGUGAAAUUACACUUACCUAAGUUCAAAAUAGAAGAGAAAUAUGAGCUCAGUUCUGUGUUGGAAGCCAUGGGGGUGGUGGAUGCCUUCAGUCCACAGAAUGCCAAUCUUUCAGGAAUGUCUGAGCACCAGGGUCUUGUGGUAUCUAAAGUCCUACACAAGUCCUUUGUGGAGCUGGCUGAAGAGGGAACAGAGGCUGCAGCAGCCACUGGCAUGGUAAUCAGGGUGACAUCAGCACAAAUGCAUGAAGAAUUCUUUUGUGAUCACCCUUUCCUAUUCUUGAUCAAACAAAAUAAGACCAAUAGCAUCCUCUUCUUUGGCCGAUUCUCUUCCCCUUAGACGCAAUUAGCUUGUCACUACUUUUGGGGAAAGUUUACAGGUUCAUUUCAGUAAAUAGCUUGCUGGCAACGACAGAUUCCCCUGACUCAUUUUCCUUUCCAAUGUCAUAGUCAUCACUAAGAAUUUAAUAGUGGAAACAGCAUAUCUCUAUCAUUCUCUUUCUAUGUACACACAUAAACUUACUUUUUCACCCAUAAAAAUUUCCUUUGGGGAAAAACAUUUCACUUCAAGAUAAGAUAAAAGGAUAUUUCCAUAUUGUAUUUUCUAAAUUUGAAAUAUAAUUCUAUGUGUGAUCCAUUUUAAAUCAAUCAAACCAAAGUAUCCUUUCUCUUUAAACUUAUUAACCUAGACAUCCACAUUUCUUUAGGUUUAGGUGAUAUCUGGAACCCUUCAUAAAUUUACCAAUUUUGUGAAUCUGUGAAACACAUUAUCAAUAAAACUUUGACUUACUCCAAUUAUUUGUUGUUUUGCCUUUUUCUCUUCAAUAAUGCUCAAGUGAUCAAUCACACAUAAGA